AUGGGCGAGAAACUUUCGGAGCCACCGGAGCCCGUGCCCCGCCGCGGCUGCUGCAGCAGUAGCAGCAGGCUGGUCCCUACUCCGGCGGACGUUCCCGCCGCAAACGUGUCCCCCUGUACCUCCUCGUCUGAGUCCUCUUCUGGCUCCGAAACUCUGUCAGAGGAAGGAGAGCCUAGUGGCCAGAUCCAGCAGCAGCAGCCACCUCCUGCCCCGCCAGCUCCGGGCGCAGAAGGGCGGAGAGAAGCCCUACGGCGGCAGCAGUUGGAGCCGCAGGCGGAUCGCGGUGCGGCCGGGCAGUCCGGGUGCCUGGGAGCCCUGCUGCCCGGGGCUGAGCGCGGUGGCGCAUCGCAGGAGGAACAAGAUGAGGAGCUUGAUCACAUAUUGUCCCCUCCGCCCAUGCCAUUUAGAAAAUGCAGCAACCCUGAUGUUUCUUCUGUUCCUGGAAAAUCCCUUAAAUUUAAAAGACAGCUGAGUGAAGAUGGGAGACAAUUGAGGAGAGGGAGUCUUGGAGGAGCACUGACUGGGAGGUACCUACUUCCAAACACCAUUGCAGAGCAGUCAUGGCUGGCAGCGGCAGAGACCUCCAACCUCAUCCGGAUGCGCAGCCAGGCUCUGGGCCAGUCAGCUCCUUCCCUCACUGCUAGCAUGAAGGAGCUGAGUCUUCCCAGAAGAGGAAGUUUUUGCCGAACAAGUAACCGGAAAAGCUUAAUAGGCAAUGGCCAGUCUCCAGCAUUGCCUCGUCCACACUCACCGCUCUCUGCUCAUGCAGGAAAUAGUCCUCAAGAUAGCCCAAGAAAUUUUUCCCCUAGUGCCUCAGCCCACUUCUCUUUUGCACGAAGAAAUGACAGGACUGAUGGACGUCGUUGGUCUUUGGCUUCUCUCCCUUCUUCUGGCUAUGGAACAAAUACACCCAGUUCCACAGUAUCUUCAUCCUGUUCCUCCCAGGAGAAGUUGCAUCAGUUACCAUACCAACCAACACCUGAUGAAUUACACUUUUUGUCAAAACAUUUCUGCACUGAAAGCAUCGCCACUGAGAACAGAUGCAGGAACACUCCAAUGCGCCCCCGUUCUCGAAGUCUCAGCCCUGGACGUUCUCCCGCCUGCUGUGACCAUGAAAUAAUUAUGAUGAACCAUGUCUACAAAGAAAGGUUCCCAAAGGCUACAGCCCAAAUGGAAGAACGACUUCAGGAAAUUAUCACCAGCUAUUCUCCUGAUAACGUUCUCCCCCUGGCAGAUGGAGUGCUCAGUUUCACCCACCACCAGAUCAUUGAACUGGCUCGAGAUUGCUUGGAUAAAUCCCACCAGGGCCUCAUCACCUCACGAUACUUCCUCGAAUUACAGCACAAAUUAGAUAAGUUGCUACAGGAGGCUCACGACCGUUCAGAAAGUGGAGAGUUGGCAUUUAUUAAACAACUGGUUCGCAAGAUUCUAAUAGUCAUUGCCCGCCCUGCACGCUUAUUGGAAUGCCUGGAAUUUGAUCCGGAAGAAUUCUACUACCUCUUGGAAGCAGCUGAAGGCCAUGCAAAGGAAGGGCAGGGUAUUAAAACAGACAUUCCUAGAUAUAUUAUCAGCCAACUGGGACUGAAUAAGGAUCCUUUAGAAGAAAUGGCACAGCUAGGGAGCUAUGAUAGUGGGACAGCUGAAACACCAGAAACUGAUGAAUCAGUGAGUAGCUCUAAUACUUCGCUGAAACUUAGAAGAAAACCUCGGGAAAGUGAUUUUGAAACAAUUAAAUUGAUUAGCAAUGGAGCUUAUGGAGCUGUUUAUUUUGUGCGGCAUAAAGAAUCCAGGCAGAGGUUUGCCAUGAAGAAGAUUAAUAAACAGAACCUCAUUCUCCGGAACCAGAUUCAGCAGGCCUUUGUGGAACGUGAUAUCCUGACGUUUGCGGAAAAUCCAUUUGUGGUCAGCAUGUACUGUUCCUUUGAAACAAGACGCCACUUGUGCAUGGUCAUGGAAUAUGUGGAAGGCGGAGACUGUGCAACCUUAAUGAAAAACAUGGGUCCUUUGCCGGUAGACAUGGCUCGGAUGUACUUUGCUGAGACAGUUCUAGCCUUGGAGUAUCUGCAUAAUUAUGGCAUUGUGCACAGGGAUUUGAAACCAGACAAUUUGCUGGUCACAUCCAUGGGACAUAUAAAGCUUACUGAUUUUGGUUUAUCCAAGGUGGGACUGAUGAGCAUGACCACUAAUCUUUAUGAGGGUCACAUUGAGAAGGAUGCUCGAGAGUUCCUAGAUAAGCAGGUCUGUGGGACACCUGAAUAUAUUGCACCAGAAGUGAUUCUGAGGCAGGGCUAUGGAAAGCCAGUGGACUGGUGGGCCAUGGGAAUCAUUCUCUAUGAGUUUCUGGUUGGAUGCGUGCCAUUCUUUGGGGACACACCAGAAGAGCUAUUUGGACAAGUCAUCAGUGAUGAAAUCAAUUGGCCUGAAAAAGAUGAAGCACCCCCUCCCGAUGCCCAGGAUCUGAUUACGCUGCUUCUCCGGCAGAAUCCUCUGGAGAGACUGGGAACAGGUGGUGCCUAUGAAGUAAAGCAACACCAAUUUUUUCGUUCCCUGGACUGGAAUAGUUUGCUGAGACAGAAGGCAGAAUUCAUCCCACAGCUGGAAUCAGAAGAUGAUACAAGCUAUUUUGAUACUCGUUCUGAGAAGUAUCACCAUAUGGAAACAGAAGAAGAAGAUGACACCAAUGAUGAAGAUUUUAAUUUGGAAAUACGGCAGUUUUCUUCAUGCUCCCAUAGGUUUUCAAAAGUUUUUAGCAGCAUAGACCGAAUAACUCGGAAUCCUGGAGAAGAGAAGGAAGACUCGGGGGAUAAAGCAAAGAGUACAACUCUACCAUCUGUGGAGACACUGAGUUGGAGUUCAGAGUAUUCUGAAAUGCAACAGUUAUCCACAUCAAACUCCUCUGAUACUGAGAGUAACAGACAUAGACUCAGUUCAGGCUUGCUUCCCAAACUGGCUAUUUCAACUGAGGGAGAACAGAAUGAGCCCACUGCAUGUCCUCGGGAAUCUAGAGAGGAGCCUGAAAAGCCAGCACUUCCUUCUGAAGAGUCUGUCCAGGAUGAACCUGAGGUCACCACACCAGCGAGCACCAUCAGCAGCUCUACUCUGUCCGUUGGAAGUUUUUCAGAGCAUUUGGAUCAGAUAAAUGGAAGGAGCGAGUGUGUGGACAGUACAGAUAAUUCCUCAAAGCCAUCCAGUGAACCUGCUUCUCAAAUGGCUCGACAGCGAUUAGAAAGCACAGAGAAAAAGAAAAUCUCUGGGAAAGUCACAAAGUCCCUUUCUGCCAGUGCUCUGUCCCUCAUGAUCCCAGGAGAUAUGUUUGGUGUUUCUCCCCUGGGAAGUCCGAUGUCUCCCCAUUCUUUGUCCUCUGACCCAUCUUCUUCCCGAGAUUCUUCCCCCAGUCGGGACUCCUCUGCAGCUUCUGCAAGUCCCCAUCAGCCCAUUGUGAUCCAUAGCUCAGGGAAGAAAUAUGGUUUCACCAUCCGGGCUAUCCGAGUGUAUGUGGGUGACAGUGACAUCUACACAGUUCAUCAUAUAGUUUGGAAUGUAGAAGAAGGGAGUCCAGCGUACCAGGCAGGACUGAAGGCUGGAGAUCUGAUCACUCAUAUCAAUGGAGAACCAGUACAUGGACUUGUACACACUGAAGUUAUUGAGCUGCUGCUAAAGAGUGGUAAUAAGGUGUCAAUCACUACAACCCCCUUUGAAAACACAUCAAUCAAAACAGGCCCAGCUCGAAGAAAUAGCUACAAGAGUCGGAUGGUGAGAAGGAGUAAGAAGACCAAAAAGAAAGAAAGUCUAGAAAGGCGAAGAUCCCUCUUCAAAAAACUAGCAAAGCAGCCUUCACCUUUACUCCACACUAGCCGAAGCUUCUCCUGCUUAAACCGUUCUCUCUCAUCUGGAGAAAGCCUCCCUGGGUCUCCUACUCAUAGCUUGUCUCCCCGAUCACCUACCCCAAGCUACCGUUCCACUCCAGACUUUCCAUCUGGUACCAAUUCUUCUCAGAGCAGCUCUCCAAGCUCUAGUGCCCCUAAUUCUCCAGCUGGUUCUGGGCACAUCAGGCCCAGCACUCUUCACGGCUUGGCACCCAAACUCAGUGGACAGAGAUAUCGGUCAGGGAGACGGAAAUCAGCCGGCAGCAUUCCGCUUUCCCCGUUGGCCAGGACACCCUCUCCAACCCCGCAACCCCCUUCCCCUCAGAGGUCACCAUCCCCUUUGCUGGGGCACUCCCUUGGCAAUUCCAAGAUUGUCCAGGCCUUUCCCAGCAAAAUGCACUCCCCACCCACUAUCGUCAGGCAUAUCGUGAGGCCCAAGAGUGCUGAGCCUCCAAGGUCCCCCCUGCUCAAGAGAGUCCAGUCUGAAGAAAAACUGUCACCUUCCUAUGGCAGUGACAAGAAACAUCUCUGUUCUCGUAAGCACAGCCUGGAGGUGACUCAAGAAGAAGUCCAGCGGGAGCAGUCCCAAAGAGACAACAUGCUUCAGAGCCUGGAGGAAAAUGUGUGUGAUGCUCCUUCCCUAACCCGAGCCAGACCUGUGGAACAAGGCUGCCUGAAACGUCCCAUCUCAAGAAAGCUGGGAAGGCAGGAGUCUGUGGAUGAACUGGACAGAGAGAAAUUGAAAGUCAAGGUAGUGACAAAGAAGCAAGACUUCCCUGAGAAGCAAGAAUCCCUGCAGAAAUCCCAUGAACUGUGCAACGAUUUGGAAAACCUCACGACCUUGAGGUUGGAAGAGAGAGAGAAGAAAACAUAUCAGAAGGCUUUAGAGAGAUCAAAUAAUUUUGAGAACAGAACAGCAAUGCAGGAGGCACCGUCAUCAUCAUCACUGUCAGUCAGCGGCUUGCUUCACAAAAAUGCUGCUGGCGCGAAGCCCAGUGACGGCCUCUUGUCCGAUGCCCCAGUGGCCUGCCACAGACUUCCACUGAACGAGCACAGCCUGAGCUCUUAUGACUACAAAAGACUGCCUCCCCCAUGUCUGCUACAGGACAUGCUCUCACACCCACCAGAGAGGUCGAACGGCGGGAAAGGGGACAGUGCUGAGAAGGCCAGUCAGGCAAAAGAAUUCAGCAAGUUUGAAAAAUUCGAUGGCAAACUUACAAAUAUUGAUUACCUUCGGAAGAAGAUGUCCUUCGAGGAGAAAGAUGACAGCCUUAGUUCAGUGCUGAAACCCAAGCUGACAUCAAAUGUCCAUGAAUGCCUUCAGCUGAACACCACGAGGCCCAUAAAUAUACAGCAGGAUCCCAUUCCGGUCUCAGAGAGCCGGACGGUCAUCGGGGGCGCCCAUGGGGUUCAGAUCACUUCUACGGCUUUUGUUCCUCUUAAGGCUCUGACUGGUCGAUCAGAGAGUGGGGGGGCCGAAAAGCCAGCCCUGAUCCCCCCUGAGUCCCCAGUCAGGAAGAGUCCAUCAGAAUACAAACUGGAAGGCAGGUCUGUCUCCUGCCUAAAGCCCAUUGAGGGCACUCUAGACAUUGCUUUAUUGUCAGGGCCUCAGGCUUCUAAGACAGAAGGACCGUCACUGGCUUCUACAGAGAACCAUCAUCUCAGCAGUGAUGUGGGACCUUUUGGGUCACUGGCUCUGUCUGUAGGUUCUGUGAAGGGUGAAGCUGCCAGUCAGAAGGAACCCCCGAUGACUUGUUUAAAGAUGAACAAAUCCUACCUUCUGGAGCCCAGAUUUCAGCAGCAGAGCAAGGGAUUUUCAAGCACACCAGCAGCUUCAGAACUAGAAAAGGAGAGAAGGGUCUCUCAUUCAGCUGUAAGAAACCACAGUACUAUUGGUGAAAGUAGUCAUAAGAGAGAGGAGCUCCCUGCCAAGCGGCGAGACCACCCCGCUGAGGCCAGACUCCUCACCUCCUCCAAUCAGAAUGCCAUGGCUAGCCCUAAACCAGCAGCAAUCCCGAGUUUCCUUAGUCCUGAUAAUAACCCUGGAAGAGAGAGGCAGAACCAAAAGGAACUAUCUGGGAAGCACCCAGUGACCUCAAGAAACAGUGAGCCAUUGACAGUGAAGGCAGAGGUUGCCAGAGAAUCCUUCAUGGAGCAUUUGACACCAGACACUCCAAAAGCUGGCAACUUUGGAAAUAAUGCUUCUGUGAUCAGACCAUGCCCAGACUUUCCUGCUCAGCCACGUGCAGUAGAGAAACUUAGGGGUCCUAGUGGAAGAGCUGAUUCCAAGGAAAGUAAAGAAAUAACUAAGGUACCCGCCAGGGAGGACCUUCGCUCCACUAGGAUCACUGGUGAGAGGGAGAUGAGCAAACAAAAAAGCAGCAUGGACCCAAAGCCUGAGGCUUCUCUCCCAAAAAGAUCUGGCCAGCUACCAGGAGUUAGUAAUACAAAGAAUGAAAAAGGCCUGGGUUUUCCAUCCUUACAGAAAGAUAGUCCCAAAGAAGUAGAAAGGAAAGACCCAACUUUUCAGAAACAGGUCAGCAGCCUCCAGCCUUCACUGGCCUCCAAAGAUUCCCCAGGCCUGGUGCCUCGGCAGCAGCUUAACUCACCAAUUCUCCCUAUGGUUAGGGAGCCUGUCUCUAGGACCUGUGGGUCAGAGGUGGCCACAAGUCUCCCCGAUCCUCCCAUCAAGUCAGCCACAGCCCAGGUGGAAGGCAGUGGUCACAAGCUCAAGCCUGCACCUGAGGUCUGCCCUCCAAAGUCUAAACCUUUGGAAAGACUGGCAGCAUCCCAAAAACAGUGCACUGGAGCCACCAAGGAGAAAGAAGCUGCACCCCAGGUCCCCAGCAGUGCCAACAAAGAGGGGAAAAGCACCAGCAGAGCCAUGCCAGAGACCUUUCCCUUCAUCUCUGGUUCUCAAAAGAAACUGAACAAUGAGAGUAUCCAGGGGGACAGGACUCCUGGCUCACUAGGUGGGCUGGCGCCUUCGUGCCAAGUGGAGGGGAGCGGUGCCCUUGACAAGCCGAAAUCUCUGUGUAACAGCAACCCCCCCGAGGCCCCAGAAUACCCCAAACAUUCACAGAGGCAGGAGUCCACAGGCUUGAUUGAGCUGGGGGAACAAAGACUUUCCCCAGUCCCAGAAAAACAAGCCCUGCCCCUGAAGCACCCCAGGCCAUCCACUGUGAAAGACGGUCCCUCUCUGUACAAACAGAUGGACAAGAGCCCAAGUCCCUCCGCUGCCUGCAAGCAAACUGACAAGAGCCCAGGCCCCUCGGCCAACGUGGCAGACAGGAAGCCAGAAGGAAAAAAAUGCACUGAAGCACUUUAUGUUCUCCCUGACUGUGGAAAGCUGGAGCACGGCCUCUCACUGGCCAGCAGUGAGGCCAGGGUCAAAGGUGGGGAAAAGCCAGCCGGAGCCGGGAAGAGCGUCUCAGAACCCAAAGGGAAAGGCCUGUCUUCCCAGAAGCAGCUGAUGGAAACCAGCAAACAGGGCGGGAUGAAGCGGUCCCCGUCAGCCACUGGGCAGAGUUCCUUCCACCCUGCUGGACCCUCGGAGAAGACUCUGAGCUCCUCAUCCAGCUUUCCAGAAUCCAAGUCGGGAGUCCUCGAGCCCUCUGCACUGGCUGGUGACAUCCCUUCCACCAAGACAAAUGGCAGCCAGGCAGAACCACCAGCCCCUAGUGCCAAGGACUUUAGGAAGCCGGGGUCUGGGGUGGAUGGCAGAACACAAAUGACAAAGAGCGAUUCGUUGCCAUCCUUCAGUAGCACAGCAGGUGCCCUGGAGUCCCACCACCCCAAUUCACACCUCAGGGGGGAAGUCAGAACCCUAGACAGGGCCCUCUCCGUGACCACCACCCCAGGAGAAGGAAAAGGGAAGGAACCUUCCAUCCUGGUCCAACCUCUGGCUGCCAGGAAACAGAAUGUAGCAAAAGACAUUCCCAGGUCGGCUACCAACACAGACCGCCUGGUAGCCCCCUCUUCUGAAAAGGACUCUGUGGUACGCCAGCGACGAGGGAAGGAGAGCUUGCGGAGCAGCCCCCACAAAAAGGCUUCCUAAUGGGGCAGGACCCAGGAGGCAGGACCGUGGAGACUCAGACUGGACGCUGUGACUAUGUCCUGACGCCCUUCACAAAACCAGCACCAUACGGGACGGGUCGCCGGGCAGAGAGGAGACUGGGGAGGAGUAGGGCGGGCAGGAGAUAGAGAGGACCUUUUUCCAAAUGCC